AAUCUAGAAGCAUUUUCACCAUCUCAAGUGAAUCUCAUAACAAGCCUUUGAAGUAGAUAAUUAGGUCCACAUUAUAGCUGAGUAGACUGAGUUACCAGAGAUAUUGCAACCCACCUAAAUUCAUACCCCUAAGUCUGUGACCUUUGCAGUGAAACUUGUUAAAAGGCAUCAAACAUCGGCCUGCAGCACACUCAGCUUUGAAGUGAAGAUGACUGACUGAGAUCUGUGUACCAAGGAUCUCAUAUUGUGAUACAGAGAUAUAAGGAAGCUGAAUCAAAUAGGAUCUCAAAGCUGGGAACCCCAGCAGACCCCUCCAAAUCUGGUUCCACGGUUUUAUAAGGGUCUCUAGAGGCCGUCUAAGUCUCCCAUACCUCACUUGUCAAACAGAAAUUAGAUCAGAGGAGCUCGUGACUUGGGUUAGCUUUAUAGUAGUCAUUAAUCAAGGAAAUCAAUUUUGAAGCUUGAGCUCUGGAAGCCAGGCAUAUGAUAUUCAGACAACCUUGGAUUCAGAACUAUGCAGAUUAAUGUCAGCAGGUGGAAGACAUCCAUCCCUUGCCGCUGGAGAGUGCUUGACUCCAAUCAAACACCAAUACUACACCAAGAGCUCUUAGACCUUGACCGCUCUCCUAACCUAGGAGCGUCAGAGGUGGCACGAAUCUCUGUGCGGACAGUGAGACUCCACCCACCUGGCCUCUUGGCCCCGCCCACUGUCUUCCACCCAGCAGGGCGCUGGUAGUCAUGGUGAUCUCCGGCUUUCAGGCCGCGCCUCUCCGACUCCAAGGAAAUUCUCGUUGCUAUGGCGAUCGCCGGUGCAGGGGCUUGGGGGACUUCUUCUGCCUUAGUUCCGCCCAGACCCCGCCCCCGACGUCGGGGAUUCGUCAGACGCCUGCAAGGCCGGCGUGACCCUGGUUGCCAUGGUGAUCGCCGCAGCGGGUCCGGUGCAGACCAGGCCGCGCGGAACCCCCAGCCCCUGCAGCUGCUGCGGGUUUCUGGAAGGAUGAGGUCCUCCCUCACAUCUUUGGGGCCCCCGGUGAGCCGAGAUCGCAUCAUCGCCAGCUUCCCUAAGUGGUACACACCCGAAGCCUGCCUGCAGCUCAAGGAGCAUUUCCAUGGACACGUCAGUGCAGCCUGCCAGCGCAGGAACAUGGGGACUGUUGGGCUCAGACUCUCCAAGGUGGUUGUCGUUGGCGAUCUCUACGUGGGGAAGACCAGCCUCAUCCACAGGUUUUGCAAGAAUGUUUUUGACCGAGAUUAUAAGGCCACCAUUGGGGUGGACUUUGAAAUUGAGCGCUUUGAGAUUGCGGGGAUUCCCUACAGCCUGCAGAUCUGGGACACAGCUGGGCAGGAGAAGUUCAAGUGCAUCGCAUCUGCCUACUACCGGGGUGCCCAGGUGAUCAUCACAGCCUUUGACCUUACUGACGUGCAGACUCUGGAGCACACCAGGCAAUGGCUGCAGGACGCGCUACGAGAGAAUGAGGCAAGCUCCUGCUUCAUCUUCCUGGUGGGAACCAAGAAGGACCUUCUGUCAGGGGCAGCGUGUGAGCAGGCCGAAGCAGAGGCUGUGCACAUGGCCAACCAGAUGCAGGCUGAGUACUGGUCGGUGUCCGCCAAGACCGGGGAGAAUGUGAAGGCAUUCUUCAGCCGCGUGGCCGCCCUGGCGUUCGAGCAUUCGGUGCUGCAGGACCUGGAAAGGCGGAGCAGCGCCCAGCUGCAGGUCGGCGAUGGAGGCCUCAUCCGAAUGGAGGGAAGUCCACCCGAGAGCCAGGAGAGCAAGCAGCCCUCUAGCCUGGGCUGCUGUUAGCUGGGGCCUGUGUCAGAGGCCUCCACACCCUGCACCUGUGGAAAGGUGAUGUGGAACCUGAGCUCUGCAGCGUGUCUACCCUCGGGAUGUGGAGGGCCUGUCUUCUCUGCAGAGCCCCAGGGCUCAGCCACUUCUCUUUGGCAGGUCAGGAGCCAGGAAAGGUUCCCACUGGCUGCCCGGGGACCCCACACUGCCUGGCUGCUGGGAACAUUACAGUGAUCCCCUAAAAGGCUGGUCCCAGGGUCGUCAGACAGUCUCCCUUGGCCUUCAGAGGCCUUAGGACUGCAAACCCGGGAUAAGCCUGCCCCAGGCCACACCCCUCACCCCGGGCCUGCAUCAGCAGCUGACCCUGGCCCUCUUCCCCAGCCAUGUGACCUCAGAAGCCUUCUUAGCACCAUGUACCAGGCAACCUGGACUUGUCAAAUUCAGCACCUGAAGGAGUACCCACCUUCCAUGUCCCCAGGAGUUUUCUGUUUUCUGCUUUCUGCAAAAAGCUUAUAGUUCUCCGCCUCAGACCUCUACGUCUCUCUGUCCACUGUCACUCUGCCAUAGGCUCUAGGCAUCCCCAGGCAGACCUUGCCCCCACCUGCCCCGGAGCUCAAUGAACAAGAGGGUCUCUCAGGCUAAUUCUGACUGAGGGCCCUCUCUGGCGGGAGAUGGGCUGGCCUCCUAGGCAGCAGGACUGGGUAGGCAGAGCAAGCCAUUUGCACCUCUCUGGCUUAUCUGGAAGAUGAAUUUACCUGACCAGUUACAGGAGGGGGGCUGCACAACCACCCUGGGGUAACUUGCUCUGCAGCCUGAGCGUGACACUGCCCUGCUCUGGCCCUCAUGCCCACUGCCGCCUCUAUCCGUCUGUCCCACUGGCCUGCAUGUCUCUUAGGCCCUGUGCGAUGGUGUCCACAUGUCUUUGGAAGGCUUCGGAGGCCCUCCACAGUCCAGCAUGUUCUCUCAACUGCUUCCUCUUGCAAACCCAGGGCAGGCAGGAGCACCCCACACCCACAUACCCUCCAGCCCAGAGCACUUCCAUGGGUCUCACCCCUGGAAACCAGCCCCUGGUCCUGUCACCUUGGCUGUGCCUGCUCUGCACCCACCUUGUGCCGUAGGCAGCAGGGGUGCAUCCAGCGUCCCCGUUGGUUUCCCGUAGUGGUGAGCAUUUACAGGUUCCUGGUGCCCGGCACACUGCAGGUGCCCCAAGUGUGUUCAUCGACUCACAGAGAUUGCCAAAUCAUCAGUUAGGGGAAAACACUGGCAUCUUUUCCUGUUCAUUCCCUCCUUACCGUAUUUUUAGCUUUGUUUUUUUACCUAUAUAAAACACUUCUUUAUGC